GGGAACUGGGAUAUUGUUAUGAUGGAUCCUGGAAGAUCCAAAGUGGAGAAGGGCCAGCUCCAUCCAUGCAUGCCUUAGGCAUCAAUCAUUGGUCAAACCCCCCAGGCUGUUGCAACCUUCAAGCUCCAGCAAACGUCAAUGUGCUCUGCUGUCGAUAACACAAUAUGCUUCUUUGUGACUUUGCGAGUUUGUAUCAUACGCGACGGCGAUGACCGCACCCUCUCGCCCUCGCAGCCUCCUCAACCAGGUCUGGAAUGGCUCGAUACCGCUGGAGAUCAGGCUGGCCAGCGAAGAAUGCCGCACAUAUGACCAGUCGGACCCGUAUCUUAUACAAUGUCCCCGCGUCUCAUACUGGCCGUUCCUCCUCCCGCGCAUCCACAGCUUCUUCGCAACAUCUCUCAUCAACCCUGAAGUGUCGUUCAGCGACGGCUGGCUCUCGUUCGAAGAUGUCCCCCUGAAAUGGCAGUAUCCCAUGGGCCUACUGUACGACCUGUACGCCGGCACCGAGCCCUUCAGACCAGACACCUCAGCACCCGCAGCAGCAACACCCACACCCGAAGAAUCCAACGAAGCAGAACAAAGUGGCGCCCUCCCACGACCCGGCAGUAGCAGCAGCAGCACCCAGCCCUGGAAGCUCGUCCUCCACUUCACAGACUGGCCACAGGAGCAUCUCGUCCAGCUCGACGACCAAGGCAAGCACAUGCAAGACGCCUACAUCAACGCCGUCAAAGAAGCCGACUUCCUCCGCAACGGCAGCGCAAAAGUCGUCAUGUCGCUCUCCAAACAGGACUCCACCACCCUCUACUCUGCCGUCCAGGAUCACAGUCUGCAGUCUUACUACCCCAUCUACCAGAAAUUCCUCAAACCCCCGGGCGGGCCCGCGCUCAGGCAUGUUCCUCUCAAAUUAUACAUGCCAUCUACUUCCACAUCAGCCACAUCCACAUCCACAGCCGUCGCCGCUGCUGCGUCGUCGUCGACAGAUGAGCCUGCUCCGCCGACUGCUGCGGGUAUGCUGCGUAUAGUGCAGACGCUCGUCACGCCGCUUGCGCCUGGAGGCCGCGCGCAGAAUACCCUGGGUGCGGUGCUGAAUACCGUGCUUCCGGCGCUGUUUCCGAGUCGGAGGCGUAAUCUGCUUGCGGAGCCGGUGCUGCAUGGUGCGGUUGUGCCGUUGGCGGCGCCGGUGGAGGAGUUGCUCAAGGAGGCGGCGUAUGCGGAUGGCUGGCUGCAUGUUGUUGUUAGUAUGAUGGGUUGAGGGGCUGAUGGAUGAGGGGGAAGGAUAGAAAUGCUUUGGUAGAAGCCUUUGUCAUAGUCUUUUGAUCGAGAGCAUACCUCCAUUGAUCUUGCUCGUGGAAUCGACGAUCUGAAGGAGAGAAUCGAAUCUUCUUAGACUUUUCAAGAAGAGGCUGGUUCAUAUCACGGUAUUGAAUGAAAGGCCUCUUGGUCUAUUCCUCUAUUCCUCCUUGCUCUACGCAGACAUCAAAGCUGUUUUUCUGCGAAGGAAGUUUACGAGAUAAGUGAGAUACCGUCACGAGAUAGGAUGAAUCGGAAAUAGAAUAACCAUCGAUUUUUGCAAA